AUGGGUUUUAUAUAUGAAGCCAUGGAUAGAGCAAAGUUGGCCAUCAAAAAAAAUUGUCGCUAUUAUGUAAAUUAUUGGAAGAUUAUUGAUAAUCGAUGGGCUUUCCAACUACCCACAGACUUAUAUGCUGUUGGUUGCUUUUUAAAUCCCAUAUUCCAAUAUGGGGAGCACCUUUCUAAUCAUCAAGAAGUGAAGAGUGGAGUUAGAAAUUUGAUUUCGAGACUUCUACCAGAUUUAAAUGAGCAAAUACAGGCGAUCUCUUUAUUUUGUAAUAAAGAAGAUUCUUUUGGUGCUGUGUUAGCACAAAGAGCAGUGAAAGCAACAAAUCCUGCUGAAUGGUGGAUCCGUUAUGGUACAUCGGCUCCGGCACUCCAAAAAGUGGCUGUGAAAGUAUUGAGCCAAACCAUGUCUUCUUCUAAUUGUGAGCGCAAUUGGAGUACAUUUAGCCUAAUACAUACAAAGACAAGGAAUCGGUUGAAGUAUAAAAAAUUAAAUAAACUUGUUUAUGUGUAUUACAAUAUGUGGCUAAAGAUCAAACAUGCAACACGAAAAAGCCAAGAUGACAGAGAGGGAUCAUUUAACCCCAUCAAUCUUGACUAUAUAUUUGAAGAAGAUGAUCUAUUAACUCCAUGGCUUCAAGAGAGAGAACAUGCAGUCUUGGAUGAUGAAGAUAACUUAGGUUGGUUGAUUAUUGAUGAUGGUGAUGAGGGAGAUCAUGCCACUAGUAGCCAAGUAGCUCAACACCAUCAAAGAACAGGGUCUUCUGGAAGUGGCUUUAGUGAGGGUUGCAGUUUGAGUCCACCUAGUGGUAGUGGAGAUGAUAGCGAUGGCAGCCGUCCACCAACAGGUGGUGGUAGUGGUGGACAAUGGGAGUCUGCAGGUUCUGCACAUGGUUGUAGACGUAGUAUUCAUCAUAUUAAUCAUGAUUGGAACAGGGAUUCUACACAGCAAUGA